GGUAAAAGAGUCAAAAGGUAAAUCUUCUUCAGUGGUCCGCGCAAUCGUCUCGCCGCCGCCGUCCCCGCCUCCCCGGGCCGUCAUCGAUCUUCCCUCCCUCGGCCCGUCGCGAUGGCCACCGGCGGCAAGCCCGACCCUGCCGCGCCGCCGCAGGCGCCUUCGGCGGCGAAGGGAGUCUUCAUGCGCCGCAUCUUCCCCUUCCUCCUCGCCACCAACGUCUUCAUCGGAGUUUAUGUUUUUGCCAAGACCUACAAAAGAGACCAGGACAAGAAAAAUGCUGAGGCUGCCGCUGCAUCUGCUGCUGUUGCAGCAUUGUCGUCCCCAGAAACUGCAACUGCGAAGGCUGCAGAUCCUGCUCCUGCACCUGCACCUGCACCUGCACCCACACCCAAAAGGGUUCUCCCACCACUAUCUGAAGAUGAGCAGCGGCAGGUGUUCAAAUGGAUGCUGGAGGAGAAGCGGAAGAUCAAACCACGUGAUUCUUCUGAGAAAAACAAGAUCAAUGAGGAGAAAGCUCUUCUCAAGGAGUUCAUUCGUGCAAAGUCUCUCCCUCGUUUGUGAUGAUUGCAUCGGCUGUCCUGCUGGUCUUGAAUUUUUUUUCUGCACCUGCAGUCCAGUGAGGACAUGCUCUAAAACUAGUUGCCUUUGUAGUUGGCACAAUGGUAGCAUUUUUUUUGUACUGUCACAUAUCUUCAUUUGACAACGAAAAGGUCUCAGUGGUUCCAGUCGUCAGGAAACAGUUUUGCUCUGAUGAGAACUUAUCGUGAGUUCGUGACCAGGGCUACUCGGGAGAUGUUUUCCAAGAAACUUGUUGCUGCUGCAAAACGUUUUUUUUUUUGUAUACUUGAACUGCUGUUAUUGGCUUCAUCUAGUUAUGCACUGCUAUUCAUAUGUAAGAUGAAUUCAGCUAUUCAACUGUUUGGGUUAUAUUUCCUGGAUUACAGAGUCUUUGAAA